AUGAACAAUGUAAACUCGGACCUUGACUCCGAGCUGAGACCAUCAGUUGACAUUUGCCUGCACGUAAUGACGGCAAUCAGGGCUUCUGAGAAAGAGCGCCAAGGUGACGCUGCCAUGGAAAAAAAGCCUCAAACGCAUCUCGGCUUCUUUCCUCAGGUUAAUGACAUACUAGACGCAUCAUCAAACAUCGCCAACUUAUAUCAUUACGCAAUAUCUUCAGUGGAGUUGAAGGGCUAUUGA